CCAGAAAACCUUAUCUGGUCAUCCCCUCCAUCCUACACCAAACAUAUCUCACCAAACCCUCAGCACAAUUUCACAGUCCCACCCACAAAACAAUGACAACACUCCACUCAGCAACCACACCCUACUUCACCUGCACACCCCCAAGAAGGCAGGUCAGCCUCCCUGCAAUCCAGCUGAACAACCUGUGGCUCCGGCCGGGCAGAAACUUAUCCUGCAUCGCCAAGGCUUACAAAGUGGUAGUUGAACAUGGGGGGAAAACAAGUGAGCUAGAGAUUGAACCGUAUGAGAGUAUUCUAUCAAAGGCAUUGGACUCUGGCUUGUCAGUGCCACAUGACUGCAAACUGGGGGUGUGUAUGACUUGCCCGGCUCGGCUCCUCAGUGGAACAGUGGAUCAGAGUGAAGGAAUGCUUAGUGACGAUGUUGUGGAGAGUGGGUAUGCUUUGCUCUGUGCAUCUUAUCCCAGAUCGGAUUGCCGUAUUAGAAUCAUACCUGAAGAAGAGCUCUUGUCUCUGCAGCUUGCAACUGCCAAUCACUAAAACCCCUUUCUUUCUUUCUUUCUUUUGUAACAUACUUGUGGAUUAAUUUGAUUAUUAUAUAACAACUACAUUUGUUAUGAUUAAGGUUUGGAUGCAUACAUGAUACAUGUGCAGUUUUACUGCUUAUAUUGUUAUGAUUGGCAAAUUCUUGUACGGCUCAGGGUGAGGCUGUUUACUUCUCAGUUAUUGGAGGACAGUAACUUAAUC